AUGAGGAAGAAACAAGUGGUAUCAAAAAGAACUGCUGAAGAUUUUAGGAGUUCAAUCAACUCCGCACUUGCAUAUAGAAACGUAAGGUAUUUGGAGUGCCAGAAGAAUCAUGCAGCUAGCAUUGGUGGGUACGCUUUGGAUGGGUGCCGGGAGUUUAUGGCUAGUGGAGAAGAGGGCACCGACCUUGCACUCGUUUGUGCCGCUUGCGGUUGCCACCGGAACUUCCAUCGUCAAGAAGUUGAUGCUGAGGUUGUUGCCGAGUGUUCUUCUUCAUCACAACAUUCAUCGAGUGGGAGUUGAGUUGAGCUACUCAGGCUUAUAUUAUGUUUUGUUUAGGGAUAUAACAGAAGUGUUAGUUCUACGGGUAUUGGUUAAGCUUCUUUUUUUAAGUCUACGUCAUGUGUGAGGAAUUGAGGAUUGUGCUUGUACU